AUGGGUCAGGAUUUUAGCUCUGGCUCUGAUGAUGAAUGGCAACCUGUCAGUCAUGAUUUGAUAACAUCUAUUGAAAACGAAGAAUCUACAAGGAAAUCUGAAAAACGUCGAAAAGGCGAGGAAUAUGUAACUGCAAAAGGAAAAUGUAUACCAAAGCGUUAUCCGGGUGGAUUUUCAGAUAAUUGUAGGGCAAAAUGUCAACAAAAGCUUGAGAAAAUUAAUUUGAACCAGCUUUACAUUGACUACAGGGAAUUACCGUCUAGAAAAGCACAAAAGAGAUAUUUGAGUGGAUUGAUUAAAAUUAAACCAAAAGAGCGUACAAGAAGAAAUUCAUUUAUGAAAAACAGAGAGGUAACAGUUGUUUACAAUAUAGAUGGAACUGAAGGAAAUAUUUGCAAAAAUAUUUCAUGA